CCAGCCCCGGCGGCGCGCGGGGCAGAGCUUAGGUGGCAGCGGCGGCCGAGGUGGCGGCGAAAGCGGCGGCGGCAGCGGCGGCGGCGGCCGCUGCAGCCUCACACUCAGUCGCCAAGCUGGAGGAGCGACGGAAGCCCGACCCUAGGAGGAUGGAGGAUGAAGCUGUCCUGGACAGAGGGGCUUCCUUCCUCAAACAUGUGUGUGAUGAAGAAGAAGUAGAAGGUCACCACACCAUCUACAUUGGGGUCCAUGUGCCCAAGAGCUACCGGAGAAGAAGACGUCACAAGAGAAAGGCAGGGCACAAGGAAAAGAAGGAAAAGGAAAGAAUCUCUGAGAACUACUCAGACAAAUCAGAUGUGGAAAAUGCAGAUGAAUCCAGCAGCAGCAUCCUCAAGCCACUCAUCUCCCCUGCCGCAGAACGCAUCCGAUUCAUCUUGGGAGAGGAAGAUGACAGCCCAGCACCUCCUCAGCUCUUCACUGAACUCGAUGAGCUGCUGGCUGUGGAUGGCCAGGAGAUGGAGUGGAAGGAGACAGCGAGGUGGAUUAAGUUUGAAGAAAAAGUGGAGCAGGGUGGGGAGCGAUGGAGCAAACCCCAUGUGGCCACCUUGUCCCUGCACAGCUUGUUUGAGCUGAGGACAUGUAUGGAGAAAGGAUCUAUCAUGCUUGACCGGGAGGCGUCCUCUCUUCCCCAGCUGGUGGAGAUGAUCGCUGACCACCAGAUCGAGACAGGCCUGUUGAAACCUGACCUUAAGGAUAAGGUCACAUACACUUUGCUCCGGAAACACCGACAUCAAACCAAGAAAUCCAACCUUCGGUCCCUGGCUGACAUUGGCAAGACUGUCUCCAGUGCAAGUAGGAUGUUUACCAGUCCAGAUAAUGCCCGCAGCCCGCUUGAGAACUCAGUGCCCUGCCUAGCAAAUCGCACCUUGGACGAUGACCCCCGAGUGCGGCGCACUCCCAGCGUGGGAUGGCUCAGUAGCCCAGCCAUGACCCAUAGGAAUCUGACAUCCUCCAGUCUGAAUGACAUUUCUGAUAAACCAGAGAAAGACCAGCUGAAGAAUAAAUUUAUGAAAAAACUGCCACGUGAUGCAGAAGCUUCCAACGUGCUCGUUGGGGAGGUUGACUUCUUGGAUACUCCGUUCAUUGCCUUUGUUAGGCUCCAGCAGGCUGUCAUGCUGGGGGCCCUGACUGAGGUCCCUGUGCCCACAAGGUUCCUGUUUAUUCUCUUAGGUCCCAAGGGGAAAGCCAAGUCCUACCAUGAGAUUGGGAGAGCCAUUGCCACCUUGAUGUCCGAUGAGGUGUUCCAUGACAUCGCUUACAAAGCAAAAGAUAGGCACGACCUGAUUGCUGGCAUUGAUGAGUUCCUGGAUGAAGUAAUUGUCCUUCCACCUGGGGAAUGGGACCCAGCAAUCAGGAUAGAGCCUCCAAAGAGUCUCCCGUCAUCUGACAAGAGAAAGAAUAUGUAUUCAGGUGCAGAGAACGUGCAGAUGAAUGGGGACACACCUCAUGACGGAGGGCACGGAGCCGGAGGGCACGGUGACUGUGAAGAACUCCAGAGGACUGGCCGGUUCUGCGGUGGAUUGAUUAAGGACAUCAAGAGGAAAGCACCCUUUUUUGCCAGCGACUUUUAUGAUGCUUUGAACAUCCAGGCUCUUUCGGCAAUCCUCUUCAUUUAUCUGGCAACGGUGACCAACGCCAUCACUUUCGGAGGACUGCUCGGGGAUGCCACCGACAACAUGCAGGGUGUACUGGAGAGUUUCCUGGGCACUGCUGUCUCGGGAGCCAUCUUUUGCCUUUUUGCUGGUCAACCGCUCACCAUCUUGAGCAGCACGGGACCUGUUUUGGUGUUUGAGAGACUUCUGUUUAAUUUCAGCAAGGACCAUAAUUUUGACUACUUGGAGUUUCGUCUUUGGAUUGGCCUGUGGUCGGCCUUCAUGUGUCUCAUUCUCGUGGCCACCGACGCCAGCUUCCUGGUUCAGUAUUUCACUCGUUUCACGGAAGAAGGCUUCUCCUCUCUGAUCAGCUUCAUCUUCAUCUAUGACGCUUUCAAGAAGAUGAUCAAGCUGGCAGAUUACUACCCUAUCAACUCUGACUUCAGAGUGGGCUACAACACUCACUUCUCGUGUGCUUGCCUGCCGCCCAGCCCAGUUAAUCUCUCAGUAUCUAAUGAUACCACAGUAGCCCCAGAGGACCUGCCAACUGUUUCUUCCACUGACAUGUACCAUAAUGCUACCUUUGACUGGGCCUAUUUGUCGAAGAAGGAGUGUUUGAAGUAUGGAGGACAGCUCGUGGGGAACAAUUGUGACUUUGUCCCCGAUAUCACACUCAUGUCGUUCAUCCUGUUCCUGGGCACUUACACCUCUUCUAUGGCUAUGAAAAAAUUCAAAACCAGUCGUUAUUUUCCAACCACAGCAAGAAAACUGAUCAGUGAUUUUGCCAUUAUUUUAUCCAUUCUCAUAUUCUGUGUAAUAGAUGCCCUAGUAGGUGUGGACACCCCAAAACUAAUUGUGCCAAGCGAGUUCAAGCCAACAAGUCCUAACCGAGGUUGGUUUGUCCCACCAUUUGGAGGGAACCCCUGGUGGGUGUGCCUUGCUGCUGCUAUUCCGGCUCUCUUAGUUACCAUUCUGAUUUUCAUGGACCAGCAAAUCACGGCUGUGAUUGUGAACAGGAAAGAGCACAAGCUCAAGAAGGGAGCCGGGUAUCACCUGGAUCUGUUUUGGGUCGCCAUCCUCAUGGUGGUUUGCUCCUUCAUGGCUCUUCCCUGGUACGUGGCUGCUACUGUCAUCUCCAUUGCUCACAUCGACAGUCUGAAGAUGGAGACAGAGACCUCUGCGCCUGGAGAACAACCAAAGUUUCUGGGAGUGAGGGAACAAAGAGUCACCGGAACCCUGGUGUUUAUUCUGACUGGCCUGUCAGUCUUCAUGGCUCCCAUCUUGAAGUUUAUCCCCAUGCCUGUUCUGUAUGGCGUGUUCCUGUAUAUGGGGGUGGCCUCACUGAAUGGUGUACAGUUCAUGGACCGCCUCAAGCUGCUUCUGAUGCCCCUGAAGCAUCAGCCUGACUUCAUCUACCUGCGCCACGUCCCCCUGCGCCGAGUCCACCUGUUCACCUUCCUGCAGGUGUUAUGCCUGGCUCUGCUCUGGAUCCUCAAGUCAACAGUGGCUGCUAUCAUUUUUCCAGUCAUGAUCCUGGCACUUGUAGCUGUCAGAAAAGGUAUGGACUACCUCUUCUCCCAGCAUGACCUCAGCUUCCUUGAUGACGUCAUUCCAGAAAAGGACAAGAAAAAGAAGGAAGAUGAAAAGAAAAAGAAAAAGAAGAAAGGAAGUUUGGAUAGUGACAAUGAUGAUGAGAAAGAUCCUCAACAUUCCUCGAACGGCACACGUCAUGCUGAUGCAGUCUCUUUCCUCGAGUCGCUGGGUAUACCAAGUCCUCCUAGAACUCCAGUGAAAGUUGUGCCUCAAAUUAGAAUUGAACUUGAGCCUGAAGCCAACGAUUAUCUUUGGAGGAGCAAGGGAACAGAAACCACAUUGUAACCUGUUUGUCUUUCUAAAAACUGAUAGUUCUGUUGUUAAUUGUUCUAACCCCCCCCCCCUUUUGUCUAUGUAUUUUAAAACUUUUGUUUGGUCACU